UGAACUAAGUGCCAAAUCAAAAGCAUUGCAACUCCAAAUAGUAGAAGAUGGAAAGUUGGAUAGUCCUUUAUCCGCAAAGGUGACUGUACCUCUAGACUUGUUCAGGAAACAACCUUCUGGGCAGCAAAGCUUUGCACUGAACAGCAGGGCCAGUGAGAGCAGCUUGGAGCCAGGGCCCGGGCUGGGAUCCAUUAGUGCAGAGUUCUCUUUUAUAGAACCCAAUGAAUUAAAGACAUGGCAAGUCUCUUCUCCAGUGCCAGCCACUAAGAUAGAAAAGGAUCGCACUGUGAUGCCCUGUGGGACUGUGGUCACUACUGUAACUGCUGUGAAAACCAAACCUCGUCUAGAAGGGAGAUCGUCUCCACUGAGCACUGAUUCUCCUGUGAAAACUCCAGUUAAAGUAAAGGUGAUUGAAAAGGAUUUCUCUGUUCAAGCUAUCCAUUCUCAUGGUGCUCCAGUCAGCAAAACUUUAUCGUCUUCGGAUACAGAAUUGCUGGUACUGAAUGGCACCGAUCCUGUUGCAGAAGCAGCCAUUCGGCAGUUAAGUGAGUCUGCAAAGCAGAAGCUAAAGUCACCUAGAAAGAAAAGCACCAUUAUCAUAUCAGGGGUGUCCAAGACCUCUUUAUCUCAGGACAGCGAAGCUGCACUGAUGAUGGACUAUGCUGCGGCCAUGGACAGCUCCUGCAAAGAAGUAGAUCCACGCACUGCAGAGCAAGCUGUUGCAAAAGUCACCUCAGAUGAAAAGCUAUCGUGUGGUGCUUCAGAAAUAGUACCUGAUACUGAUCCACAGCAAAGCAUCCAUAAGGCUUGGGGUUUGGAGAAUGGCAGCCAACAGUGGGACACCGACACGCUCUUAGACCAGACCUGUGAAGAAAUAUCUGGGAGCUCAUUAAGUGUGUCAGAAACUGGGAGCAUGAAAAAAUCUAAAGGUGGGAUUUUGAAAAAAAGUGCGAAGCUCUUUUUCCGCCGGAGACAUCAUCAGAAGGAUCCAGGAAUGAGUCAAUCGCACAACGAUCUUGUCUACCUGCAGCAGCCACUGUCAGAGGAAACGCGCAAGAAGGGAGGCACACUUUCACGUAUUCUGAACAGAAAGCUUCUUUCCAAAAACAAAAGCAAGAACAAAUUGAACGGUGCUUCGGCAGAACCAUACAUAUGA